CGAGUGAAUCAAGCCAAAAGGGGGAUCGACACAACAGCUCAGCUUUCGUUUUCGGUCCAAUCACUGUUACAACUUUACUUACAAGUCGUACACGUCUCUCUCUCUCACUCACUUCCUCUUAUAAAGACUCUCUGAUCAAACGUUUAAUCGGAAAACUCCAUUCUUCGAUACCAUCGAUAAUACUAAGAGAGAGAUGGGUUCAGCAAGCAAAGAGUAUGAGUUUCUGAGUGAGAUUGGGUUAAGCAGCUCUCACAACCUUGGAAACUACGUUGGUGGCAAAUGGCUAGGAAACGGACCUCUUGUUUCUACUCUGAACCCUGCUAACAAUCAGCCAAUUGCUCAAGUGGUUGAAGCUUCUCUUGAAGACUACGAGAUAGGUCUCAAAGCUUGUGAGGAAGCAGCUAAGACAUGGAUGCAGGUUCCUGCUCCCAAGAGAGGUGAUAUUGUGAGACAAAUUGGAGAUGCGCUAAGAUCCAAACUUGACUAUCUUGGCCGUCUUCUUUCUCUUGAAAUGGGAAAGAUCCUUGCUGAAGGCAUUGGUGAAGUUCAGGAAGUGAUUGACAUGUGUGAUUUUGCUGUUGGUUUGAGCCGACAACUCAAUGGUUCAGUCAUACCUUCAGAACGCCCAAACCAUAUGAUGUUGGAGAUGUGGAAUCCUCUUGGCAUUGUCGGUGUCAUCACAGCGUUUAACUUCCCUUGUGCAGUUCUUGGCUGGAAUGCUUGCAUUGCACUCGUCUGCGGAAACUGUGUAGUCUGGAAAGGUGCUCCAACUACACCAUUGAUAACUAUCGCAAUGACCAAACUAGUGGCUGAAGUUCUAGAGAAGAAUCAUUUACCCGGUGCCAUCUUCACUGCCAUGUGUGGUGGUGCUGAGAUUGGCGAAGCAAUAGCCAAGGACACGCGCAUUCCUCUAGUGUCCUUUACUGGUAGCUCCAAGGUGGGCUUAGCGGUGCAACAAACAGUGAGUGCGAGAUCUGGCAAAACUCUUCUUGAGUUGAGUGGAAACAAUGCGAUCAUAGUCAUGGACGAUGCUGACAUUCAGUUAGCUGCACGUUCUGUUCUGUUUGCUGCGGUUGGAACAGCUGGUCAACGCUGCACAACUUGCCGUAGGCUGCUUUUGCAUGAGAGUGUGUAUGACAAAGUACUUGAGCAACUCCUUACUUCAUACAAACAAGUCAAGAUCGGUGAUCCUCUUGAGAAAGGGACUUUGUUAGGACCUCUACAUACUCCUGAAUCAAAGAAAAACUUUGAGAAGGGGAUUGAAGUCAUCAAAUCACAGGGUGGCAAAGUACUAACGGGAGGUAAAGCAGUUGAAGGUGAAGGAAACUUUGUGGAGCCUACGAUAAUAGAGAUAUCAUCAGAUGCUGCUGUUGUUAAAGAAGAGCUCUUUGCUCCGGUUUUAUAUGCUCUCAAGUUUAAGACAUUUGAAGAAGCUGUUGCGAUAAAUAACUCGGUUCCUCAAGGUCUAAGCAGCUCUAUAUUCACUCGUAGCCCCGAGAACAUCUUCAAGUGGAUAGGACCAAUGGGAAGUGACUGUGGGAUAGUGAAUGUGAACAUACCGACGAAUGGAGCUGAGAUAGGAGGAGCUUUUGGAGGUGAGAAAGCGACUGGUGGUGGUCGUGAAGCUGGUAGUGACUCUUGGAAGCAGUAUAUGCGCCGUUCCACUUGCACGAUUAACUACGGGAACGAGUUACCUCUAGCGCAAGGAAUCAACUUCGGUUAAUCCUCCAGAGAUUUACGUACCGGUUCAAUGUUGUAUUUGGCUGUAUGUUUCUAUGGGUUGGACUUGUAAAACAUAACAACGCUAAAAUUAGUAAUAAUAAACAAUAUAAUGUUACUUUAAAGUUUAAUUUGAAUAAAGUUUUAAAACAAUGA